CUUCUCUUGUUUCUUUGGUUGGUACAAGAGAGAGAGAGAGAGAGAGAGACAAAGCCAAUAAAGGAUAACUCAUUUUUUUCUUUAUUCCAUGCGCUUUCUCCAAAUUCAAUGAACCCCUGUUUGCAUCCCUGCGUAUAUUUGUUCGCCACUUGCCCUAAUCCAUGGUUUUUUUUUACGACCCUUGACCUCGUGAAUAAUCGAUGCUCCUAUUUCGUUCUUUGGAUUCUGUUUUUUCUCCAUCCCAGUCAUUCUUUCAAGAAAAAAAUAUGUAAGGAUGAUUAAAGAGGGGUGAAGACCUGCUAGACGAAGAAUUUGUACAACGUCUUCAUCAGCAUCAAAAUUAGUGAUAAUCUACUCAGAUUAAUACUUGUACCACAUAGAAGCUAAGAUAAGUAAGACUCUAAACUGACGUCUCCAACAAGUUAGGAGCAAGAUGUCGAGUUCUCUGCGUGCUACCUCCAUGCCGCCCCCAGGGUGUGCGAAACAGCUGCACAACAUGUCGGCUCUGUCACCGACUGCAAAGCAGAUCUACCCACCAUGCCUGCUGUUGCCAUUCAUAGACGAGAUGGAUCGCAUGUGCAUGCCCAAUGCACACGGAAGUGGCUACUGCCGAUGGUGGACCGGUGGCUUCCACAAGUUUGGCGCGGAUCAGAACCUGCCGCACCAUGUACCUGUCCACUGCAACUCGUCUCAGCAUCUGCAGCUCGUUAGAGACAACAGGUAAAAUAAUAGUUUUUUCUGUAGUAUAUGUAAAUUGGUGAUGGGUUUGUUACUAAUACUUACUAGUUGUUGAUAGAAAAUAUUGUCAUCUUCGUCCUCACCCACAUUAUGUGAGAGAGAAACGGCAGACAUUAGUGACACUUUCUUACGCGAUGAUGUCCGACCGUCGGGUUCGUAUUGAUAAAAAGUUAAGUAUCUAUGGCAAAAAAUAAAAAAUGCUAUUCAUUGUAGAAAAUCUGCUUGUAGAUCGAUGUCCUUGUCUUUUGCUUAGGAAUAACCAUGAUCUUCUAUUAGGACCGUUCACUCUGCAACAUAUCAUAUCUUCGAUUCUAUAACAGGCUCUUUCGGGAAGAAAAGAAAAAGGCACAGUUUGCAGAAAGCUACAGAAACGCGAAGGACGACCCAAAGUGCCUCCAGGACCGCAAUCAGGCCUAUGGAGAUAUGAUGAACAAGGUACUUUCAAUCGUGUCAAACGUAGUGCUGGUACUUCUUGGCAGGUGAAGAUUGUUCCUAGGCCCUCCACUAACGACCCCUCGGAAGGAUAUCUAUGAUAUGGUAGUUACUGAAAAUAAUAGUAAAUUAAAAUUUAAUCAAAAUCGUGUGCCAAGUACAACGAGAUGUUGAAUUUCAACUUCGUCCUCCAGAAAAUUAUAUUUACAGCAACAAGUACUAGGAGUAACUAUCUAAAUCUAUGCAUUCUUGUACUUCCCUUACUUCCCUUACAAACCACUAGAUUUUGCGACCGGAGACACCGCCGAUCGUGCGAAUCAAGAGGGCUGAGAGUGCACCAAAGUCUAUGCUGAAGGCAACCUUGAAAGACGUGCUGAAGGAGCUCCACGAAAAGAACCGAGCCGACAAGGCAGAGAUCAAAGAAAAGAUCAUUGCAGCAAAGAGACGCUAA